UCCAUCAUUUAAUUUUAAUCCCUCAUUUAAUUAAAAAAAAAAAAACUUACUCGUAAUCUAGACUGUCGCGACUAAACAUAAAUAUUCAACUAGAUAUAAAACGAGAUGUAUCGAAGAUCAUCAAGCUUCUCUUCUAUUACGGAGCUGUUCCGGCCGAACAAUCCUAGGAGACUGCGGUCAAGAGAUCUCAGCAGCACUCGCCUUAAUGCCCUCAAAAAAGAAAUAGAAACAAACACACACCUUAUUCCACUGAAAGAUCUAUACACUCGAUUAGGAACGGAUCCAAUAAAAGGGCUAACAAGUGCAGCUGCCGUGGACCUCUUGGAGUAUUACGGCCCUAACACUUUGACUCCUACCUCACACUUUCAAUGGCCUAAGAUGUUACUAAAAUGCCUGUUUACUGGUUUUUCAAUAUUAAUUUGGUUCGGUGCAAUACUUUGUUUGUUAUCGUACGCGAUUGAAUCGUCGAUGAAGGCACGUCCGAGCACUGAUAACUUGUAUUUGGGCUGCGUGCUCAUAGCGGUUGACAUCAUCUGUGGUCUGUUCAGCUUCUUCCAAAACUUUAAAAGUACAAAGAUAUUAAAAACAUUUAACAACAUGAUACCUAUGUCAACGAAAUGCAUUCGAGAUGGAGUGUGGAACGCAGAGAUGCCGGUGACUAACCUGGUCAAAGGUGACAUCGUGCACGUGAAGGCUGGUGACGUCAUACCUGCAGAUAUUCGGAUUAUAGAAAGCAAAGGAUUCAAAGUGGAUAUUUCAUCGUUAACUGGGGAAAGUAGAGCUGUUACCCGUUCCAACACAGAAGGGACAACAAACAUAUUAGAAUCACAAAAUGUCGCCUUCUUUUCAACGCAGUGCGUCGAAGGAUGGGCACUUGGUGUCGUUCUAUGCUGCGGCGACUUGACGGCGCUCGGCCGAGUCGCCGGGCUGGCAGCACGCUUACAGCCGGCGCCUUCGCCCCUAUGUCGAGAAAUUAGUCGCUUCAUGUGGUACAUGUCGAUGUGGGCACUAGGACUGGGUGUUUUUAUUGCCGCAUCAUCUUUUAUUCUCGGAUACCCCUUCAUACAAAGUACAAUAUUUGUAAUAGGAAUUAUUGUUGCUAACAUUCCUGAAGGACUGCAGCCAACAAUAACAGCGUCGUUGACGCUCACAGCUCAACGCAUGGUAAAGAAGAACUGCCUCGUCAAGAAUUUGGAGGCUAUUGAAGCUCUAGGAGCAGUCACAAUCAUUUGUUCGGAUAAAACCGGCACUCUAACAAAAAAUAAAAUGUGCGUCCGUGACAUUUGGACUUGGAAUCGCAAAUAUUCAGUAUUGGAUCUAGAUUUUGAAGAUAAUUUAAAGAAUGACAAAGCAUUACAAGCUUUAAAAACAUGCGGUGCUUUAUGUAGCACGGCAACUAUUGAUGAAAAUGGGGAAAUCCACGGGGAUGCGUCUGAAACGGCCAUCUUAACAUUUCUCUGCGCGUACAAUGACCCGGCGACAGUACGGCAGAACUAUCCAAAAAUUGUUGAAAUACCAUUCAACUCUACUAAUAAAUAUCAAGUGAGCGUACACCAAGAUAAGAAUAUGUCUCGCUACGUGGUGGUAAUGAAAGGCGCUCCCGAGUGCAUAUUAACUCGGUGCAAUACUGUAGUUGUAGCUAAUAAUAACGCUAAUAUAACCAAUGAAAUAAAGGAAUCAGUAAAUAAAGCUAUCGAAGAUCUUGCUACAACAGGUGAAAGAGUUUUGGCAUUUGCCGAUUUGAUACUGGAUCCAAAAAUUUUUCCUAAAAAUUAUGAAUUCGAUACGGAAGAUGUGAAUUUUCCAUUGGAUGGUCUUCGAUUUAUUGGUAUUACAGGAUUAAAAGAUCCACCACGAGAGGAGGUGAAGAACGCAAUAGAACGAGUGCGUACAGCAGGAGUGCGAGUCAUGAUGGUGACGGGCGACCACCCGGCAACCGCGCGGGCGGUGGCGCAGGAGGUGGGCAUUGCAACCACUCCCACCUGCCAUGUAGUCACAGGGAACGAUCUAAGAAAUAUGACUCCAGAUCUACUGUAUUUAACUCUAGAAAAACAUUACGAAAUUGUAUUCGCUCGGACGUCGCCGACUCAGAAGCUGCAGAUAGUGGAGGCGUGUCAGCGGCGCGGCGGCGUAGUGGCCGUCACCGGGGACGGCGUCAACGAUGCGCCUGCCCUGCGCCGCGCCGACAUCGGCAUAUCCAUGGGUAUUACGGGAUCACAGGUAUCUAAGCAGACGGCGGAUAUCAUUCUAAUGGACGACAAUUUCGCUACGAUUGUAAUCGGAAUUGAAGAGGGUCGGAAAAUAUUUGACAACCUGAAGAAGUCCGUGUGCUACAUUCUAAUAUCCAACGUGCCUGAAAUCUUGCCUGUUUUAAUGUUUAUCUUGUUUUCUAUACCGUUGCCAUUAGGUGUUAUGACGAUCCUGUGCGUGGACCUGGGCACGGACAUGUGGCCGGCGGUGUCGCUAUCGUAUGAGAGCGCGGAGGCGGACGUGAUGAGCCGGCCGCCGCGCCAGGGCGACGGCCUCGUCUCCGCGCGCAUGCUCUACCUCGUCUACGGUCAUCUCGGCCUCAUCGAGUUCGCGGCGGGCAUGUACGCCUAUUUCACCGUCAUGGCCGAACAUGGCUUCUACCCUUCAGAUCUCUUUGGUAUAAGACAGCGUUGGGAUAACGAAGCGGUGACCGACGUGCGGGAUUCUCUAGGCCAAGAGUGGACUUACGAGGAGAGGAAGGAGCUAGAGCGUGCCUGCCAGGCGACCUACUUCGUGGCAGUCGUCGUCACGCAGAUAAUGAACGGCAUCAUAUGUAAAACAAGAUUUAAUUCUAUAUUCGAUGUCGGAAUGAAGAAUAAAGUUUUAAAUCUGGGAUUGAUAUUUGAAUUGUUGCUCGCUUGUAUUCUUUGCUACGUGCCGGUGCUCAAUGACUUUUUUUACACGUAUCCGCUGCGAUUGCAAUGGUGGUUCUUAGCGGUUCCUUUUGUAUUACUGUUAUUGGGUUUCGAUGAGUUUCGAAAAUUCUGCAUUAGAAAUUGGCUUUUCGAUGGAUGGUAUAACCGUCUCACUUAUUACUAG